AUGAACACGAAUUCCACCAAGGACCCGCUGUCGGGGGGAAACGCUGGCAAGGCCCUCGACAGCCAGAACAUCUCUUUCCCCCAGUUCGCCGCCACGCUGGUGACGGGUAUCGUCGCGUUCGCCUCUUUCUUUGCCCUCUUCUACGUCCUCCGCCAGAAGCUCAGGAGAAUCUAUGAGCCGACAACUUACCUCGUGCCCGAACGGCAGCGCUUCGUGCCUCCACCCGCUGGAUGGGUGCGCUGGAUCGCGCCCGUCUUUCUCACCCGCCGCCGCCAAUUCAUCGAAAAGUGCGGUCUGGAUGCCUACUUCUUCAUCCGCUUCAUCUACGUCCUGCUCAAGAUCUUCUUUCCGCUAGCAUGCGUCCUGCUGCCCAUCCUGCUGCCGCUAAACGCCACCGGGCCCGUCAACACCGACACCAUGGGUCUCGACCUGUUCGGCUGGGCGAAUAUCGGCGCCAACAAGACAAACCGCCUCGUGGCGCACUUGGUCAUGGCCCUCGUCGUCAUCAUCUGGGUGUGUUUCGUCUCCUACACCGAGCUCAAGAACUACAUUCAAGAGCGCCAGAAGUGGAUGACGUCUCCGUCCCAUCGCAUUCGUGCCUCCGCCACCACGGUCCUCGUCACCAACAUCCCGGACAAGUGGUGCACCGUCGAUUCGCUCGACGCCCUCUUCGAUGCUUUCCCCGGCGGCCUGCGCAACAUUUGGAUUAACCGAGACUUUGGCGAUCUGCUGGACAAGAAGAACAAGCGCGAGGAGAUUGCGUUGAGACUCGAAGGGGCUGAAACGGCGCUGAUCCGCAAGUGCAAGGUCAGAGCUAACAAGAUGCGUAAACGGGAAGAGAAGGAGGCCGGCAUGAAGAGAUCGAAGAUGGAACGCCAAGAACAAGAGAAUCUCGAGCAGAAACAAGCCGAACAGAUGGCCGGCGAGGUCGGUGAGAGUGCGAACAACCCGCACGAGGCCCACACCCUCGACGAACAGUUGCACGAAGCCAUGGAUGGCCCGUCCAGCCAACAAGCGAACGGCCAGGGUGCCAAAAAGCCAAUUCAACUUGUCGGUCAGGGUCUUUCGGCCGUCGGUCAGGGAUUCAACCAGAUUGGCCACGGUAUUGGACGAGGGUUUGGCGCUUUGGGACAGAACAUCGAUCGAUUCGGACACUCGACUGCCGAGGGAAUGAGCAAGAGUUUCAACCACGCCCGAAGGGACGUCGACCACGCCUUUGAUUCCCCGGUAGGAUACAACCCCGACAUCGACGGUGCUGACGAUGGACCCGUCAACGACAUCCAUAUCCGCCAGAGCUACCACCCGCCGCCCUUGUCGUCAGAUGCUGGUGCUCUAGGCCCAUCCAAGGAUCAUUUGCAUCGUGGGCCCGAGCCUGAGCCAGAUCAACAGUCUGACAUGACGCCACGUACGAAGGAUUACCUUCACAGAGGCCCGGCUGUACGCCGCACCUCGCAAAACUACAGGACGCCGACGAUGCAGGGUUCUUCGCCGAAUGCCUCGCGCGAAGCAUCUCGCACGCGCGACCCUUCGUCUCGCGCCCCUACUGGCCUUCGCAGAGUAGCCUCCACGCGGUCCCAAAGGAGCGAUGCGAAGCACAAGCUGACCAACAAGCAUCUCAACCCACUGCGCAUUUUCCGGAAAAAUAGCGAAUUCCCCAGCCCCGAACCGUUCGCGAAGGAGGACGAUGAGUAUCCCUUGAGCGGACCUUCGCCAAACCCGGCCUCUCCGAACACGGUGUCUCCGUCCACGCCAUAUGGCUCUAGGAAAAACUCGAUCGAAAAGCUGCCGAAGCCAGAGAGAACCGACGACUCCAAAGAAUCUCAAGAACAGGUCGAGAAGAUCAAGCGUGAUCGUCACGCAGCCAAGAAGCCUCCAAUCAUCGACUGGGAAGAGUACAACCGCCAGCUGGAGAAGGAGAGGGCAACCGCGGUCUGGACGAGGUUCAUCAAGCCCGAGGAGCGUGAGACCAUGCGCUUGUCGCUUUUCCCUCGCUCCACAUGGUGGUGGAAGAUCUGGCCGACUUGGUGGUUUUCGUUUGGCAAGAAGGUCGAUGUCAUUAUUUACUGCAGGCUUCAGCUGCUCGAGCUCAACAAGGAGAUUGACGAGGACGAGAAGAACCUGGACAAGUACCCGCUGAUGAACUCGGCCUUUAUCCAGUUCAACCACCAGGUCGCUGCUCACAUGGCUUGCCAGUCUAUCACUCACCACAGGCCUUACAACAUGGGGCCGCGUAUCUUGGAGAUUGACCCCAAGGACGUCAAAUGGGACAAUUUGUCCAGGCGUUGGUGGGACCGAUACUUGCGGUACACGGCCGUCGUGGCCAUCUGCCUCGGCAUUACUCUUCUUUGGGCAUUCCCCAUGGCCUUUGUCGGUUCCUUGUCUUCGCUUGAUGACCUUGGUGCCUCGUACGAUUGGCUCAAAUGGUUGCAAGGUCUGCCAUCGUGGUUCAAGGGUUUCCUGCAGGGUGCGCUGCCUCCUGGUCUCCAGGCCAUCUUCCUUAUGCUGCUCCCCGUUGUGUUCCGACUCCUUGUCGACUUCUCCGGUGUGCCGACGGGCGUGGAACAGGAACUGGUUAUCCAGAACCUCUACUUCGUCUUCAUCUUCAUCCAAGUUUUCCUGGUCGUGUCCAUCUCGUCGAGUCUGAUGAAGGUCCUCGAGCAGUUGUGGAACAGUCCGCUCGAGCUGCCAUCCAUCUUGGCCUACAACCUGCCCAAGGCCAGCAACUACUUUUUCAGUUAUAUCUUGCUACAGGCUCUGUACAGCGGGUCGCAGCAAUUGGCCCAGAUGGUCGCCCUGGCGGAGUGGUUUGUUCUCUCUCGCUUCAUGGACAACACUGCGAGGGACAAGUUCAACAGACAGAGGAAGAUUCCCAGCCAGCAAUGGGGAACAUUCUUCCCCGUCUACACCAACUUUGCGUGCAUUGGCCUUAUCUAUUCUGUGAUCGCGCCCCUCAUCCUGGUUUUCUGCAUCAUCAUGGCCGCCAUUGUCUGGAUCGUGUGGCGUUACCAGAUGUUCUACGUCAUGCGCUGGUCCACUGACAGCGGUGGGCUGUUCUUCCCGCGUGCCAUCAACCAGCUGUUCACCGGCCUUUACGUCAUGGAGUUGUGUCUAGUCGGGUUGUUCUUCAUCGUUAAGAACGAAAAGAAGGAACUCGUCUGCAUCCCACACGCCAUUGUCAUGAUCUUCACGAUUCCCUUGACCUUCAUCUACCAGCUCAUGUUGAACAAGGCAUUCAGCCCGCUCUUCAAAUUCGUGCCCAUCACGAUGGAAGACGAGGCGCAGGAACGGCAAGAAGAGUUUGAGCGCAACCUCGCGGCGCGGUACGAGGAGAACAACCCAACGGUCGACGACGACAACAACACCAUGUCGACCUCCUCGCCGUCCAGCGUCGAGAAGCACAGCUCGAUCGAGCUAAAGAAGAUGGAACGCGCGGGCCGCCGCCUCACGGGCAUUAAUAAGCCCGUCGCGUCGCCGAACCCGAACCCGAUGGCCACGCCCCAGCUGCACCAGCACCAUCACGGGCGCUCGCCCAACCCCUCGGGCGGCGCGGAUCCGCGCCUCAACGCGGCAGCGACGGACCCAGAGCUGGCGGGCCCGCACAACGGCGGCUACCUCUUCCAGGGAUACCACGACGAAUUGGAGGACCUGACGCCAGAAGAGCGCGACGUGCUUGUGCGUAGGGCGUUCGAGCACCAAGCGCUACGGAUGACGCAGCCGUGUAUCUGGAUUCCGCGUGACGAGUACGGCGUCAGCAACGACGAGAUUAGCAGGACGGCGGACCUGUCGAGCACGCCGUCGGCGGUUGUGACGCCGCGGUUCGGCGCUACAGGACGGGGCGAGGAGGCCGCGGAGCAAAGACAUGGUAUCUGGAUUACGAACGAGUUCACGGCCCUGGAUCCCAAGGCGCGGGUUAUGUUCCGCAAGCCGCCGCCGGACUUUGAUUCUGCGCAGGAGUUUUUGCAGCUUUAA